GGUCCCAUGAGGCAGCAUGUGUGAAUCAAGUAAUUCGUGUAUGUAAAUUAUAUCCGAAUUUAGUCGCUAUAAAAGUGGUUAUAAGCUUGUGUUCCUAUGUUCCCCGGUUCAAUUGUACUUUAGAAACGUGAAAUCUUGAUAAUAUUGAAAAAAUGAAGGCAUUCGCAGUUUUGUUCUUCGCUCUUUUGGCUGUAGCUUUUGCUGCAAAUGAAUGUGAGUUUGGUGAAGAAAAACACAAAUGGGAUGUCGGUACUGAUUAUAAUCCAAUUGGUAAAUGCAUUUCCUACAAGUGCUUGCCAGGAGGUGGACUUAGCGCCAAAACUUGUCCGGAAGAAGUAGCUAUUGGUUGCGAGAAACUACCAGAAGAUCUUACAAAACCGUAUCCUGAAUGCUGUCCGAAAUUCAAGUGUGCUUAAGACUUAGAAAUGAAAUAAAAAAAUAUUUUUGGUAAA